GGAGGGGAAGCCGAGAGGAGCGGACCCCGGCCCCUCGCCCCGGGCUGGGGACAACUGAGGGGGGGGCGCAACAUGGCGGAGGCCAAGGAGGAGGGGCCCGCCCCCCGUGCCAGGUUUGAAGAUAAAUCUGAUGCGGUAUUUGAUAUUACAGAAAAAUGUGGUGAAAUUCUGGACGCAGAAAUGUCGGAGGACACUGACAACACCCUAACGCCUGCCCUCGACAGCAUAUCUUAUGGAAUACCGAAUCGAACAGGAUCUGAAAACUCACUGCUGGACGAUGAUGAUGAUGAUGAUGAUGACGAUGAUGAUUUCUUUCUGAACUCUGGGGAUCUUGCAGGCAUACCCGUUGUGGGGAGUGACAAUGAAGAUGAUCAGAAUUUCACUCCAAAAGACACUCUUUCUUCAGCAAUUUCUGAUGAAGACCAUUUGGAAGAGGGCAAGAGAGUUACAGAUCAUGACUUGGACAGUGAAAAAGAAAUUCAGGUUCAGAAUGCAAUCCAAAAGGAUCUCGCUUCACCAUUUGAGCAGGGCCCUGUAUUUAAAUCAACUCGGAAAGAUUUUAGCAUAACAAGAGAUAAUGGCAAAGAGACUUUUUCAGCAAAGGACAAGAAUAGAGAAGGACAGUUUCAAGAUCGUGAAAAACGGUUGGAAAAAAUCCCAAAAGAUACGGAUUCUAGAUUGAAAAGCAGUUUUCUUGACAAAGCAGUUCAUAAUCAAGUAGAAGAAACUUUACGGACGCAGUUAGCUCCACAAACUCCAGAAACUAACUUCAGGGAGUCUAGCUACCUAUUUUCUAGUAAGGAAUCUAUUGGACAAGAGCUGGGGAAUUCCUUUGCACCAAAUAUUAGAAUUAAGGAGGAGCCUUUGGAUGACGAAUAUGAUAAAGCUAUGGCCCCACAGCAGGGACUGUUAGACAAAAUUAAAGAUGAACCUGAUAAUUCCGAGGAGUACGGCCAACAGCCAAAAUCUCAGGAAGGGGAGCUGAAAAUCAGUGCUGUAUUUUCAGUCAGUGGCAGUCCUCUUGCUCCACAGCUGUCAUUAGGUUUCCAGCCUGCUGUGGCAUCCUCUGGCAUGAGUAAAAUGCUUCCUUCAGUUCCAAGCACAGCUGUUCGGGUUUCCUGUUCUGGCUGUAAAAAAAUCCUGCAGAAGGGGCAAACGGCAUACCAGAGGAAAGGCUCUACCCAGCUCUUCUGCUCCACACUGUGCCUCACUGGAUACACUGUUCCAGCUUCUCGCCCACCAGCUUCUACCAAGAAAACCUGCUCAAGCUGCUCAAAAGACAUUCUAAAUCCAAAGGAUGUAAUCACUGCCCAGUUUGACAAUACAAACUUCAGUAAGGAUUUCUGCAGCCAGUCUUGUCUUUCUACAUAUGAACUGAAAAGGAAACCUGUCAUUACUAUUCACACUAACAGCAUUUCAAGCAAGUGCAGCAUGUGCCAGAAGAAUGCAGUGAUUAGACACGAAGUGAAUUACCAGAACGUUGUACACAAGCUCUGCAGUGAUGCCUGCUUCUCCAAGUUCCGCUCAGCUAACAACUUGACGAUGAACUGCUGUGAGAAUUGUGGGGGAUACUGCUACAGUGGCUCUGGCCAAUGUCACGUGCUUCAGAUAGAGGGACAGUCAAAGAAGUUCUGCAGUUCAGCAUGUAUGACAGCGUAUAAACAGAAGUCAGCUAAAAUUACAUCUUGCACGCUGUGUAAGGCUUUGAGAUCAUCAGUCGAGAUGAUUGAGAGCGCAAAUAACUUGGGAAAGACUGAACUGUUUUGCUCUGUUAACUGCUUGUCAGCUUACAGAGUAAAAAUGGUUACUUCUGCAGGUGUUCAAGUUCAGUGCAACAGCUGUAAAACCUCAUCACACCCUCAGUAUCAUUUGGCUAUGUCUGAUGGGAGCAUACGCAAUUUUUGCAGCUACAGUUGUGUAGCAGCUUUUCAGAAUCUGUUCAACAAGCCUGCAGGAACAAACUCCUCGGUGGUACCUCUGUCACAAGGUCAAGUCAUUGUAAGCAUUCCCUCGGGGGCAAUGGUAUCUGCAGGUGGAACCACCUCAACUGUGUCCCCCAGCUCCAUGAGCAGUUCAGCUGCAGCUGGUCUACAGAGGCUGGCUGCCCAGUCCCAGCAAGCCACUUUUGCUCGCCCUGUUGUAAGACUCAGGUGUCAGCAGUGUAACAGAUUUUUUACAACCAAGCCAGAACUGCUUGACUACAAGGGUAAAAUGUUCCAGUUCUGUGGGAAGACCUGCUGUGAUGAAUAUAAGAAGAAGGGCAGUGUAAUGGCAAUGUGUGAAUACUGCAAAAUUGAGAAGAUUAUCAAGGAGACAGUGCGAUUCUCAGGCGUAGACAAAGCGUUCUGUAGUGAAGGUUGUAAACUGCUCUAUAAACAUGACUUGGCUAAGCGCUGGGGAAACCACUGUAAAAUGUGCAGUUACUGUUUACAGGCCUCCCCUAAACUGGUCCAGAAUCUCUUUGGGGGGAAAAUGGAGGAAUUUUGCUCUGAGGAAUGCAUGUCUAAAUUCACAGUUUUGUUUUACCAGAUGGCAAAGUGUGAUGGUUGUAAGAGACAAGGUAAACUCAGUGAGUCCAUGAAAUGGCAUGGGGAAAUCAAGCAUUUUUGCAAUCUGCUUUGUAUUCUGUUGUUCUGUAAGCAGCAAAUUGCUUCUGACCCUCCACCCCCAAACAACACAGCAAACCCUUCUAUGGCACCAGCUUCCUCAUCAGGCCCUCCUUCUGUGAGAAAGGACUCAACUCCUGUCAUAGCACAUGUGGUGUCCCUUGCAAGCACCCCUGCUGCCCAGCCUACAGUUAACUCCAACAAUGUUUUACAGGGUGCAGUCCCUACUGUGACAGCAAAAAUAAUAGGAGAUGCCAGUACUCAGACAGAUGCCCUAAAGCUGCCAUCAUCACAACCACCCCGGCUUCUCAAAAACAAAGCAUUGUUGUGCAAGCCAAUCACACAGACUAAGGCCACCUCAUGCAAACCCCACACACAAAACAAAGAAUGCCAGACAGAAGAAGAAGAAGAAGUUGUUCAACCCCAGAUCAUUGUGGUACCUGUUCCUGUGCCAGUGUUUGUGCCAGUGCCCCUUCACCUCUACACUCAAUACACACCAGUUCCACUUGGGAUGCCAGUACCUGUACCAGUUCCCAUGCUCUUCCCAACUACCCUGGAUAAUGCUGAUAAGAUCAUUGAAACUAUUCAGGAUAUCAAGGAAAAGAUUCCCACAAACCCAUUUGAAGCUGACCUCCUUCAGAUGGCAGAAAUGAUUGCAGAAGAUGAGGAGAAGGAAAAAACACACUCGCAUGGUGGAUCUCAGACAUCUGAGCAUGAGCUCUUCCUGGACCCCAAGUUAUUUGAGAAAGACCAAGGUAGCACUUACAGUGGAGAUCUAGAAUCAGAAGCAGUGUCCACUCCGCACAGCUGGGAGGAUGAGUUAAAUCACUAUGCCUUACGAUCAAAUGCCCUGCCAGAACCAAAUCCAGAACUGAAGCAGUUCUCUAAAGGUGAUGUGGAACAGGACCUCGAGGCUGAUUUUCCAUCAGACUCAUUUGACCCUCUCAGUAAAGGACUGGGUUUGCAUUCACGUUCACGAGCAAGACGGAGACAUAGAGAUGGCUUCCCACAGCCAAAAAGACGGGGUCGGAAGAAGUCUGUAGUUUCUGUAGAGCCCCGGAAUCUGAUGCAGGGCUCCUAUGCAGGAUGCUCUGUUUCUGGGAUGACCCUAAAGUAUAUGUAUGGGGUAAAUGCCUGGAAAAACUGGGUCCAAUGGAAAAAUGCACAGGAGGAACAAGGGGACCUGAAGUUUUCAGUUCGCCCUGUGAAGCUCAAGGAGGACAUUCUCUCAUGCAGUUUUGCUGAGCUGAGUUUUGGCUUGUGCCAGUUUAUUCAAGAGGUGCGGAGACCAAAUGGAGAAAAAUAUGAUCCUGACAGCAUCUUAUACUUGUGCCUUGGAAUUCAGCAGUACCUGUUUGAGAAUGGUAGAAUAGAUAACAUUUUUACCGAGCCCUAUUCCAGGUUUAUGAUUGAACUUACAAAACUUUUGAAAAUCUGGGAACCUACAAUUCUUCCAAAUGGUUAUAUGUUCUCAAGAAUUGAAGAGGAACACUUGUGGGAAUGUAAACAGCUGGGUGCAUAUUCCCCUAUUGUUUUAUUGAACACGCUUCUAUUCUUCAACACCAAAUACUUCCAGUUAAAGAAUGUCAGUGAGCACCUGAAACUGUCCUUUGCCCAUGUUAUGAGGCGCACCCGAACUCUGAAGUAUAAUACUAAGAUGACAUAUUUACGUUUUUUCCCACCCUUUCAAAAACAAGAGGUAGAAUCAGAUAAAUUAUCUGUAGGCAAAAGGAAACGCAGUGAAGAUGAGGAGAUUCCAGCAGCAGUGGAAAUGGCUGAAAAUACAGAUAAUCCCCUGCGAUGUCCAGUCCGACUUUAUGAAUUUUACUUAUCAAAGUGUUCUGAAAGUGUGAAGCAGAGAAGUGAUGUAUUUUACCUUCAACCUGAGCGCUCCUGUGUACCCAAUAGCCCCAUGUGGUAUUCCACAUUGCCAAUAGACCCAGGAACCUUGGACAUCAUGUUAACACGUAUUCUUAUGGUGAGGGAGGUACACGAAGAACUUGCCAAAGUCAAAUCAGAGGACUCUGAUAUUGAGUUAUCAGACUAACCGAGGUGGGGUGUUUUCCUUUGACUACACAUCAGAAGCACCAAACUGUGAAUACGUCCAGCCUUUGGAAAAUGUGUAUCAAAAAAAGCCAAGAUAAUGUCACCUGCAGGCAUAUUUUGAAUCACAGUGGAUGUACAAACUGGAACUGGAAGGAAGCAAGCUGUGUAAGCUGCAAAAACCACCGUCCUGUGGCACUGCGAAAUCCUCUGAACAAAUUCCAGAUGAACUAACCUAUUUGAGUGGUGCAUAAAUCCUUUAUCUGCUUAGGAUUUAAAACAGUUGUGAGAUAUCUUAAAGGAAAACGGUUGUGUGAAACCUACCAUAACAAUGUUGGGCAUGGAGAGCUAGACUGUGGCUCACGUGACUUCUCAGCCCGGUGGCUGGCAGUCCUUGCUGCCAAAGAACAUGUGGAGCUCCUAGAGCUCUCCACGAGGCCAGGAGAGGAAGUGGUGGUGCUCAGGCAGACACCUUCCGUUAUAAAUACACCUACACGUGCUUUUGUAGUUGUUUUGUUUGGAAACUGGGAUCAAGUGGUAGGAAGGCAGAAGCCACUGGCUGUCUAAAUGGACAACUGUCUGGCUGCUGUUAAACAGGUCACACGAUGCCAGAAUCUAGCUCUCGGUCCAGGCCAAUUCCAACUCUUAGCUCUGCUUGGUCUUCGAUGUGGAAGGGGUGCUGUAGGUCCAACUUCAGAGCGAUCAUAUUAUGGGAUGAACAUUUCUGGGGUAUGUACAGGAGAGUGACUGUCCUGGGGUAUGUGCAGAAAUCCCUUCCCUAGCCCAGUAGCUCUGCAGUCUGUUGAUAUAAUCUAGCAAAUACUGUGGUGCGCGGAAAUUGUUUUUCCCUUAAGGCAGCUUUCCUUUCUCCUCUUUCCCCACUCCAAUGGUUUUGGUUAUUUUAUAAGGCAAAUCUGGAGGGCCUUGUCAUUUCAAGUUGAAGAUACACUCUUUCUCUUUCCACCUUUGCAGUGUUGUGCAAAGGAUGCAGUAUUAUUUCUGACAGCUGAACUGUGGUAGAGAAUUACCAUGUGUGUUUUCUUUCCCACCCCACCCAAAGAGAUUUAGUCAUAGUGUUGGAAAUCAAAAGAGAUUUUCUUAAGGCUUGGCUGUUACUGCGUCUUUUGGAAGGGAAAAGCUCCCACAUUGUGUUUGGAGGACAGGACAUUAUCAGAUACCUGCCUGUAGCUCCCCUUUUCUCAAGCUAUAGAUGUGUGUUUCUGGUGACCAGUGGUCACAUACUCAUUGGAAACCCAAACUCUUUUUAAAGAAGAGAAUUGUAUGGUUUUGAUGUAGCUCUGGUCAGUUACCCAUCUUCUGUAACAGGGGUCUGAUAUUUGAUCUUGUCACUAAAAUUUCAAGAGAUGCAAAUGAACAGCCUUGAAUUCUGUUUCCUUUUUUUUGGUUUUGUUUGGUUUGGUUUCAUUUGGUUUUUUUAAUUAUUUUUUUAGCAGUAACAAAAGUAAUUUAACAAAAAAUAAAAUCAGAAAGUAGUCUAUUGACGUCGUGUACUUGAUAGUCCUGUCCCUGCCUGUAACAGAUUUCACUGAUGUAUUUUUUAAUACAGAAAACUAUGUGAAAAGUAAACCUGCCCCUGAUUCUGUCUGAUCAAAGCCCAUCUGUGUCUGUCAUUUCUGAUCAAAGACGCUGCUUUCUCCAUGUCCUGGCCAUGCUACAUACCCUGCCAGUGAACUACCCAGGCUCUUGGAGCUCAGGGAUGCUCCUGCAGACUUGGAUCUUGUUCCAUGAGCACUAACCUGUCCCUCCCCAGAGCUAAACAGUGAAAUAGCAGGCACAGUGUUUUGGAUUGGAAGGGUUGAUAGAACCUUUCAGGGAAAACAAAAUCAUUCUGGAAGGGUUAGUUUGCAUGUCUGUAGCUGUGUCUGUUGCACACGAACCUUGGCAGUAGGAGAGGGAAGGGAUCUGAGGAUUCCAUACUUCUUGGGCAUCCCUUUGGCUGAUUUCUCACUCCGUCCUUCCCUGACAUCCCUCCCCUCCAGGGAAUAAGCAAGGGAGCAGUUAGGGGGGCAGGCUUUGGUUGGGUUGAGGUUGCCUAAAAAACAAUACCACGUCUGAGUUUUGACUUACUGGACAUGAACAGAAAUAUUCCCAUAAAGUAGUAUAUUUGUAUCUUAUGAGAAACUUACUCAUUCUCUUCCUCUGAAGUCCCUCGCUCUUUCUUCUCUGUGAACACUUUCACAUACAUUAUUUUUUCCAGGUACUUGGAAUGAAAGACAUUUGCCUUUCAUGCUCUCUCUGCAAGAAAAGAUAAAUCACUUUUAAGCUUGACUGGCUGAAAGCAAAGUUGUCAACCCUUGUGCUAACUGCUUUUACGUCAUGGCUCUGAGCUGGGAAGGGGUUCAGUUCACUUCAGUGAUAUGAUAGCAGAAGAAAUAGUUUCAAUUUUCAUUUCCCUGGUCAGAUACCUUCUGCUUGGAGGCCCUUUGGCCACGGUGUUCAUUGCCCAGGGUGUGCUUGGGCUGUUUUUGCCUCUUGAGGAGUUGCUGGUCAGCCUGGCUGGAGUUCCCACUGAUUUACAAGCUGGAUUACCUUGAAGAAUGAACAUUAUUAAUAGAUUUUUGCACAUAGGAACAAAGCUCUGACAAGUUGUUCAUAAUCAACAGAUCCCAGUCAUUUGCUGACCAUGCAACAACAUUUAUUAUUUGAAAUGUUCUUUUAAGGAGCAAAUCAGGCUGUAGUCUCAGGGCAGACCGAGAAACAAGAAAGAAGAAUGGAAGAGGAUGCUUCCUGCUACCAGGGUUUCUAUCUCUGCUGUCCCACUACAAGACACAGGUUUAACCCCUUCAUGGCACAGCUCUGCAGCCCGCUUUGGGACCCUGGCAGCGAGCGUGCCAUGUUACUCCUCACCAUAUGUGUUCUCAGUGCUGGCUCUUGGGAUUUUCACAGAGAUCUUUGUUUAAAGUGCUUCUGGGAUGUGGCUCUGUCCUUUCCAGCCCUAGCUAUUCUGUGAUUCUAUUCUGUGAUUCCCUGACCCGGCAGCUCUCCCUGCGAGAGGUGCUCGCUGCAAACCUGCUGCUCUCUCUUGGCUUCGGUUGACCAAAGGAGGAACCAGCACCUGCUGAACACCACAGAAUUAAGUGCAAAUUGAAUUAGCUUACAAAUUACUCUGUCAACCACUGUCUAAAAGAAACCCCUGGAUUUCUCUGGCAGUCAGAGACUUGAAAUGAAACAGCAGCAAAGGCCCAUUCCAUGUUUCCCCAGGGUGUGCUCCUGCAGCAGUGAGGCUCCACCAGUGCUGGUUUAGUGCCAGGGGCACAGAGGGGACUCCGAAUGUGCAAUAAAGUCUUCAGGUUUUGGUAACAAUCUCAGUAACUCUUCUCAGUCCCUUGAGCAAGUUUCACUGUUGCCUUAAAAACAAGCAAGCAGAACAAGUGCUCGUCUGUAAAAUCCAUACAAUGCUCUUGUCAACCCACCAGCACUGUGCUCACUGUCUAGGCUGGAGUUUUGCUUCCAUCAGCACAACGGGUUCUCCCCUUUCUUCUUCCACAUGUCAUCUGUUUUAAACGUUCCUAACAGAGCUGAGUGCUAGUGUUGGUCAAGGGAGAGUUGCAGAGUUGUGGAAUGGUUUGUAAAGUCAGAAAGGUUCUGAGGAGCUUGGGUAUCUUGGAUUCUUCUAGCUGCAGAACUUAGUGUCCAUUGGACAUGACAUUCACUAAGCUGAUGGUUUUUCAGCAGAGAUACGUUUUUUGUUAAAGAAAUAAGCCCUGAAAUAGCUGAGAUUGUCACCUGCUUCCAGGGAGAAGGGAGUUUAUUUCAAUUAAAGAGUCAGGCUAAAGAAAGCAUCAACCACCAGAUCUCAAAAUACAUCCCGAGUGCACAUGAACACAAAUCCAGCCCAGCUUCCUGGUGUUCAGACUUAGGGAUGGGGAGGUUGCAACAACCACUGUAGCCACAGCAAGGUUAAUUUUGUGGUUCAUAGCCAGCUAUCAGACACACCAACAAACAGCACACCUGUGGGACUUAGCCCUGUGACCCUUGGACUCUAUUAACAGUCUCUUCUACAUCUGUAACACAUAAAGCCAGACCUUUGGAAAGGCCUUUUUGACCUGCUGCUUUUGAGAGGAGGGUGUGGGUGAUGACUUCUGACUUUCUCCCCAGUUAAGCCACCAACUCAUCCUACAGCCCAGUGGACACUUCACUCCCGUUGUACCAGUGAAGCCUCAUGUUCCGUCCCUUGCCAGUCUGUACCUCGGUUGUACCCCUCUGUAAAUUGGCCAGACUUUCCUACCUCGUUUGGGCAUUAUGAGGCUAAAUUCUGUCGGAUGCUUUGCAGCCCCGUGAUGAAAGGUGCUAUAUAACUGCAAAGUGUUACUUCAAAAGAUUUAAAUAGGUCACCAGUGCAUCAUAACCUAUAUUAAAAUAAAAAAAAGACUUUUUCUUAUAUGAGAGUUUAUAGAGUUCAAUGUAUGGUAUUAAUAAGUGAAUUAUGGAGACCCCAAAAAUAGUUUUUGUUUGAAUCGUAUCUGUAUUCUGGAAAAGUGAUUAAAAACCUUUAACCUUAA